UUAAACGUUAGAGUUAGGGAAAACUUUGACUUGGAAUCCAGCAGAGAAAAGAAUAUUGAUUGUUGAACACCAAAAAUUAUCCAAAUAUUUUAUUAGCAACCUCAAUUACAAUCGGGUGAAAGUUGAGGAAAAAUUUGUUGAAAAAAAAUGCGUCACCUGUUUCAAACUCUCUCAGAUAUGGCGAAUGAAUUAGACUGUUCCAGUCUAGAACUUUCUAUUUUACAGGGUUUUACUCACGAUGACUGUUGUGAAUCUGAAUUGCCAGUGAUCAUUGGAAACUUUCUAUCUGGUUAUUAUGAAGCUGUCAUUGCUGAUCCAUUUACCACAGAAGUGGUCGGUGGAGAUUUGGAAGAACUCCUGCCUUCAGAAAUCCAAGCACUAGUUCUCAAAAACAUUGAUUCUCUACUGUCUACAGAUACUAAAAGCGCAUUGAAAAUUCUUGUGGUUGGAGUUUCAUGCCUACAAAUAUUCCUGCAAAAUAAUUGGACAGGACCACUCACAGAAGCCUUUUCUUUAGAGAAAUUCUACCAGAAUUGGUGCCCUAAAGUUAUAUAUCAGGAAGACAAACUCCACAGUCUUUUAGUGAAGGAACUCUGCAAAGAUGGGGAAGCUGUCUAUAAACUCUGCCGUCAGUUACCUUGCUUUUUUCUUGCCACAAGCAUCCUGCUUGAAAGCUCUACAUUCCGUCAGCAACUCUGGAGUGGUGAAUGGUGGCGGUUCCGGGUGGUGUCAGUUUACCAGAGGUUGCUGGAUGACAAAUCUCCCAGCCUGAAGGAUAUUGCUGAUGAAGCACUAACUGCAAUGACACAGAAGAUGGCACUGCUAGAUAAGAAGAACAGAGAACUUGAGAUUUGUUAUGAAUUGGAAGCAGCAUAUUUAAAACAAGACUACUAUGAAUAUCAAAAAGCCAAAGAACAUUUCCUCAGUGCCGCAAACACAGCACACCUGAAUGUUAGUCUCACAGGUGCAUUAGGCAAACGCACACGUUUCCAAAGUAAAGAUGUUGCCCAAGUUCUUUUGGAGGUGAAACGAACACAACCAGAUGAGAUGGAGGCUCAGGUCUUAGAGUUACAUGUGCCUGCAGUUAAGCUUAAUGCUUCCAUGCUUCCAAAGAAUCUAAGCCAUAAUGAUGACACAGUCCUUGAAAAUAUUGAAUUUUCCGAGAUUUCUGAACCAGAUUUACAAGUUAACCAACUUGAACAAGCCAUUGUACUCGGCCUUAUGGAAGUUAGCCGUCGGUCAGAGCCCAGUCAAGAAAAACUAACUAAUGAACAACUCUUAGCUUAUAUAUCAUUCCUUCUCAAUCAGCCAUUGGACUGGUGCAUUCAAGUAACAUCUCUCUACACCCGUUCUUUCCUUGAGAAAUCCUUUGGACGUACAAUUGAGAGAUCCAUGAAACAGAUUGAAGAGAUUGUGAGUCAGAUGUCAAACCAACAACCUCCGUCCCAUAAGCGUUUACCUCAGUUUUAUUACACGAGAACACCUUCAGUCUGGUUACUCAAAAAACAAUUGGCUCAGUUGCUGAUCUCCCUUGGUUCCAUUGGCUCAGCAUGUGACAUUCUUGAACAGCUGGAGAUGUGGGAAGAUGUUAUUGUCUGCUACCAACGGAUGAACAAAUUGGAGAAGGCUGAGUCAUUGAUCCGUGAACAGUUGGAAAUAGAAGAAACUCCAAACCUCUGGUGUUUCCUUGGUGAUGUCACAAGAAACAUUGAGCACUACCAGAAAGCCUGGGAAUUGUCUAAUCACCGAAGUGCACGGGCCCAGCGCUGCAUGGGUUACCUUUAUUUUGGAAAAGAAGAUUGGGACAAUUGUCUGAGCUGCUUUGAGCGAUCGCUGAAGAUCAAUACACUCCAGACCCCGCUCUGGUUUACUUACGGUUGUGCUUCACUUGCCGCCAGCAAAUUCGAGACUGCUGCAAAAGCAUUCCAUCGCUGUGUCAUGAUUGAUUCUGACGUGAGUAUAUUUAUUAAUUUUUUCCUUAUUCUCUCUCUCUCUCUUUCUAGGAAGAAGGCCUUUGCUGUAUUGCAGGAUGCCAUCAAAUGUAGCUAUGAUAACUGGAGGUUAUGGGAAAACUAUCUUAUUAUCGGUACUGAUUGUGGACAAUUUAGUGAAGUAAUUCGUGCUUAUCAUCGCUUGAUGGACCUACGAGGAAAAUGGCUGGACGUUGAGAUCCUGAAAAUACUUGUUAAAGCUAUUAAAGAGGACAUUCCAGAUGCUAAUUCUAACCCUUCCUCAUAUUUGCUACCGAAAGCAUUAGAAUUAUUUGGUAGGCUUACCUCAAAAGUCACCACUGAUGCACAAGUUUGGGAAUUGUACGCCAGACUGACUGAAUUGAAAACUGAAGACCCGAUGAAGGAUGAGAGGGUGUUGCAGUUCUUACAGAAAGCCUACAAAUGUUCCACUCAGGAACCAGGCUGGGAGAAGAACCCUGAGAAGUGCAAAGAAAAAGGAAGUUUGGCCCUAGAACUUGCAGAUGCUCAUCUGAUCUACAGUGCCCAAGCAAAACAUUCCACGAUAUCUGUUCAGACCUUAUCAUCAGCAAAGUUAAUGCUCCGCUCCAUCCUUUCCACAAUUAAGAAAUACCAUUGUGAUCCAAUAACUGGUGACAUUGAAGAUAACAUGAAAGAAAUCUGUUCCAAAUUAGAUUCUGCAAUUACCAUAGUUAUAAGCAAGCUAACAUUGGCCCAGACUUAAUGCUACACACUUUAUUAUUAUAUUUUUAUUCUUCCCCGUUUUUAGCAAAUUAUCAACUUAGCCAUGUCCCUUGAUUGCUUUUUGUUGCUUGAGUUUUUCAUUUUUUUGUCUAGUCCCUAUCAGGGACUAAGGCCAAGAUUUUAACUGCAAUAAAAAAGACACAAACCAGAUAUCUCUCUCUCUCUCUAUAUAUAUAUAUAAAUAAAUAUAUAUAUAAUCACAAGAGAGGGAGAAUAAAAUUACAGACAAUCAGAAAAACAAAACAAAAAAGUCAUUCUUGAUAUUAUUUCCUUUAUACGGUUUUUUUUUCUUCAAAUCCUUUUAUGUGGUGUUUGCAACUAAAUACAAGGAAAAUACUACAAAAAAUAAUUUGAAGGAGAAAAAAAAAUGGGAUUCUUGGAGAGAAUGAAGAUGAUGUAUUUUGUGUGAAUGAAAAUGUGGCUGUCUUUGAUGGAUGCAUGUAUGAUAGACUUUUGAGUUGAUUAAUGCAUUGUGAGUGGAAUUUGAUAAGCAGAAACUGCAGCAGUAUCCUUGCAAAUAUUCCAGCAUGGUCAAAGCAUGCUUGCUUGCUUAUGCUGCCAGCCUGGCGCCAAAGUCUGCUUGCAUAUACCGGUGUGGCAAGUAUUCCUCCUUCAUCUCACAAAAGAUGAUUUCGCCAUGCAACAGAGAUCAAUACCAAAAGUAAUGGACCAAAAUCAAUUCUGGAAUCAGUAUUAACAAAGUUAAGUAUUUGGUAGCAUUCUUUUAUGUUUCUUUUAAGUUCAAAUCACACUCAGAGUCAAAUUAUCCAUCUCCCUUUGGAGUUGAUGCAAGAAGUACUAAACGUGGGGCUUUGUGCUAAUCUUUACUGUAUUAAGGAAAAAUACAAUCUUGAUUAAAUACACGCACACAAACAUGACUUUAUCUGUAAAUACUAUAAAGAUUUUUAAACUAUGUUUUGUCCACUGGUGGGUCUGUAUCAUAGCUUAUUGCCAUAUGUUUCAAUAUUUUGUCUUGUGUAAAAGGACCAAUAUCAGAUUUUCCCCAUCUCUCUCUCCCAGUCUUCCUUUACACAGGUACCAAUUUCUAAACACAAAGGACACAACUGUUCUUUGGUGUUUCCAAAAUAAAAUUCGAAAAACUCAAAA